AUGACAGAUGAAGUGCAGACUACUUUACUGUUCUUAGCAGUUGGAGAGUUUUCAGUGGGGAUCUUAGGGAAUGCAUUCAUUGGAUUGGUAAACUGCAUGGACUGGAUCAAGAAGAGGAAAAUUGCCUCCAUUGAUUUAAUCCUCACGAGUCUGGCCAUAUCCAGAAUUUGUCUAUUGUGCGUAAUACUAUUAGACUGUUUUAUAUUGGUGCUAUAUCCAGAUGUCUAUGCCACCGGUAAAGAAAUGAGAAUCAUUGACUUCUUCUAGAUACUGACCAAUCAUUUAAGUAUCUGGUUUGCAACCUGCCUCAGCAUUUACUAUUUCUUCAAGACAGCUAAUUUCUUUCACCCACUUUUCCUCUGGAUGAAGUGGAGAAUUGACAGGGUGAUUUCCUGGAUUCUAUUGGGGUGCAUGGCUCUCUCUGUGUUUAUUAGCCUUCCAGCCACUGAGAAUUUGAAUGCUGAUUUCAGGUUUUGUGUGAAGGCAAAGAGGAAAACAAACUUAACUUGGAGUUGCAGAGUAAAUAAAACUCAACAUGCUUCUACCAAGUUAUUUCUCAACCUGGCAACGCUGCUCCCCUUUUGUGUGUGCCUAAUGUCCUUUUUCUUCUUGAUCCUCUCCCUGUGGAGACAUAUCAGGCGAAUGCAGCUCAGUGCCACAGGGUGCAGAGACCCCAGCACAGAAGCCCAUGUGAGAGCCCUGAAAGCUGUCAUUUCCUUCCUUCUCCUCUUUAUUGCCUACUACUUGUCCUUUCUCAUCGCCACCUCCAGCUACUUUAUGCCAGAAACGGAAUUAGCUGUGAUUUUUGGUGAGUCCAUAGCUCUAAUGUACCCCUCAAGCCAUUCAUUUAUCCUAAUACUGGGAAACAAUAAAUUAAGACAUGCAUCUCUAAAGGUGAUUUGGAAAGUAAUGUCUAUUCUAAAAGGAAGAAAAUUCCAACAACAUAAACAGAUUUGA